UUUUGUUUUUGUAUGAAGCAUCCGGUUUUAGUCUGCUUAGGGAGGCUAGACUAGAUCAACAUUCAACAUCUAGAAUUAGGACAAUCUAGGGCUUGUUGAAAAAUAUCUAAAUGAAAUAAAACCGUAAUAGAUCUACCUCAAAGAAAAUGUCUUUGCACAAAGGGUCUACAAAUCAGGGCCGAAAGAAAGUACAGGUAUCAUUUGUGAUUCGAGAUGAGGUUGAGCGAUGUCAUAGGUCAGGAGUCAAUGCCUUGCAGUUUGAUCCAGCCCUGAACAGAUUGUAUUCUGCUGGAAGGGAUUCAAUCAUUCGCAUAUGGCAUACGCGACCAAAUAAAGAUCCCUACAUAUUAUCUAUGGAGCACCAUACAGACUGGGUAAAUGAUAUUGUGCUAUGCUGUGGUGGUAGAACUUUGAUUUCAGCAUCAAGCGAUACAACGGUGAAAGUAUGGAAUGCUCACAAAGGUUUCUGUAUGUCUACGCUUCGUACACACAAAGACUAUGUCAAAGCCUUGGCUUAUGCCAAAGAUAGGGAGCAAGUAGCCUCAGCUGGCCUCGACAGGCAGAUAUUUCUGUGGGAUGUCAACACCUUGACAGCUCUGACAGCUUCUAAUAACACAGUCACAACAUCAAGUUUAAGUGGCAAUAAGGAUUCUAUUUAUAGUCUGGCCAUGAAUCAGUCAGGAACAGUUAUAGUGUCUGGGUCCACAGAAAAAGUAUUGAGGGUCUGGGAUACACGCAUGUGUCAGAAACUAAUGAAGUUGAAAGGUCAUUCAGACAAUGUGAAGGCCUUAUUGCUCAACAGAGAUGGAACUCAGUGUUUAUCAGGAAGUUCUGAUGGCACCAUAAGGCUCUGGUCACUUGGCCAGCAGAGGUGUGUUGCCACUUUCAGAGUACAUGAUGAAGGGGUUUGGACAUUGCAGGCCAAUGAAUCUUUCUCUGUUGUAUUCUCUGGGGGUCGUGACAGGAGGGUCUGGGCAACAGAUAUCAGAGUUCCAGAGAACAGAGAGCUCAUUUGUGAAGAGAAGAGUCCAGUGCUGAAGCUGGAGCUUGUUGAGUCUCCGCAGCCAAGUGUUUGGGUUUCAACAACAGACUCUACUAUCAAAAACUGGCCCAUCAAGGUUCCCAACAGUCGGUCAUCUGGUGACUAUGACAAUGACAGGUGGAGGGCUACUCCAGCUUUCUCACAGCCUUCUAUGGUCAUUAAAGGUGAUCCAAGCAUACGGCAGUAUCACGUACUGAAUGAUAAAAGGCACAUAUUAACUAAGGAUACAGAUGACAAUGUUGUCUUAUGGGAUGUCCUUACUGCCAGAAAAGUUGAAGAAUAUGGGAAGGCAGACUUUGAAGAAAUUGUUAAAAAGCAUUUUAAAAUGGUUUUUGUCCCUAAUUGGUUUACUGUGGACCUCAAGACAGGGCUGCUAACAAUUCAUCUAGAAGAAUCAGAUUGUUUUGCUGCCUGGAUGUCCACAAGAGAUUUAGGUUUAGAGCUCCCUGCAGAUGCUCCCGAGACCAAGACCAACAUUGGUACUACAUUACUUCAAGCCUUGUUGGACUACUGGCCUAAGUGUCAUCCUGAGGACAGUCAGGAUCCAGAGCAAGAGAAACUUCCUGUGCCAUAUUUUACAGUGCCUGGGCAUACACCUGUGAUAUUUAGUGAGGUUGGAGGUCGGACACUGUUCCGUCUGCUAGCUAGAGAUGCUGGAGGUGAGACGGAGCACAUGUUACUAAAGGAGACAGUGCCUCCCUGGGUGCUUGAUGUCAUUGUUUUUAAAGAGAUGCCAAAGUUUAACAAGCUGCCAUUUUUCUUACAACCUCAUCCUAGCACAGGCAUCAAGCCAAUCAAAAAAGAUCGUCUGUCUGCCAGUGAUAUGAUCAACGUUAGAAAAGUUAUAGAACAUGUCUAUGAGAAAGUCCUUGGUCAAGGUUCAGACGCAGGGUCACAGGCAGCCACAAGCAACAGCCAUGAGAAGGAGACAGAAAAAGAGGAGGAGCCAUCUUCCUGUGUGGCCGAGGAGAGAGUAGAACUACUGUGCAAUGAUGUGGUAUUGGAUCCCAAUAUGGACCUUCGGACCGUCAGACACUUUAUAUGGAAACAAACAGGGGACUUGACUCUACAUUACAGACCUCUGUCCAAGAAAGACUAUCCAUCCUUUUCUAAAUAUUCAGCAAUGACAUCAGCGGAGACUUGAUUCAUUAUUUGCCUCACUGUGAUGUGUGAACAGAGUUGUUUCUCCAUUGAAACAAACUAUUUAUACAUGUUAUAAAGUGUACAUAACUUCAAUGUUUUGAGCAUCAAAAUGUGUCUAUUCGGAAGAACUCUUUUACCUGCCUUCUGGUCAGCUCUCACAGAGAAGUAGACGCUGGACUGGUUUGCACUUCAGAUUUCAAAAAGAUGAUGCUGAUCAUCACUAUCUUCAAAAAACAUGUGUACUAUACAUAAUCUACACAGCAGUUAAUGACAGUUUCUUUCCAUGAUGCACCAUUCCUACUGAGCUUGAACUGAGAAACAUAGCUUUAUAUGGUUAUGUGAAACAAUUUGUUUUAAACUGCUUUGGAGAAGAUCUCUACAAAUCAAGAGAUACAAUUUCAUGAACAACGUGGCCAUAUCCUGCCAAAGGUAGUGGUGUCUUCUUUUGAAAUAGACAUGUUAGUACAUUACCGGUAAUGUUGGCACCUGCAUUUAGUUUUGAUUCCUAUUUGGUCUGUGGUCUCAAGCUAGAUCUACAUCUACAAAGUGUUCUCAAGAAACUAUGUUCUAAUUGUACACACAGAUUUUACAGUGAGACUGUUGACAGUUUCUAGCUCCUACUAUUUAGUUAGGGCAUCAUCAUAGCCCAUGAAUUAUAAUAUAAUGAGAUCUUAUCUGCAAGUCCAGUGAUAUAGAUAUAUAUUUAUAUUGAUAAGUUUGAAUACUGUCCCCUCAACAGGGCACUUUUAAAAACCUUGACUGAUUCUUUAAAGCAAAUGUCUGCAUCUUUUUAAACAUGCCAAAGAGGAUUAUAGAGACCAUUGUAAUGUUUUGUUUUCGGUACCAGUAUAAAUAGAAUUCUAAAAUAAUGUAUGCAAAUUAUAAACUAAGAAAUGGUUUAGAAAUUAAUACUUAAGUUUUUGUUGAGAAAAAAAUAAAACUGUGAAGCCUUUCAACAUUUGUAAAUUACACUACAUUUAGCUUAAAGUCUGUGUAUAUUAAAACACUCUCUCUAACGACAAUAAUAUAUUGUUCUAUGAUAAUAUAUAUUUUGAUGUUAAUACUGAUCACUAUUAUUUGAUACCUCCUUUUUUUAUUAUUAUUGUGGGGAACUUUUUUAUCUGGCUAAGAGCUAUUUGUUUGGUUGUUGUUUUUUUUUAUAAAUUUGUAUGCACCAAUAAUGGCACAUAAUGUGGGAAUUUAAAUAAAGGAGACUUAGAUUCUUGCUUGAUUUUUUUAAAGUGAGAAGAAUAAAAUUAUGUUCAUGUUUUCCUUUUUUUUUUUUCUACCUCCAAAACUGGAAUUCCCAGUUUCUAAUGUACAGAAAUAAGAUUGUACAUGAUUCUGAAAGAUUUGUUUAAGACUAGUGAUUUUAAAUUUUGGAACUUUUGUUUCCAUAUUGUUUGAAAAAAUAAUUACUUUUUUUUACUAUCAAUCAAAAUAUCUACUUCCAGUAGUUUUUUUGUGGCUUGAAUAAUUUCUUGUGAUUCUAAACUUUAAUUGUAAGUGAUCCUUUAAAUAAUUAAAGAGACAUAGUUUGUUA